AAUCUAAAUUCAACAUGGCCGAUGAUGCGGAGGAGUGUAAAGAAAAGACUUUUGAAAAUGAAUCGAAAAAUAAUCAGACAGAAACAGAUCUUGUUGAAAAUGAAACUGUAAAAACAAAAAGCGAAGAAGCAAAGAGUUUAGAUUGCGUAAAAGAACCAAAUGAACAGAAAUCAGAUGAUUUUAAACCUGAAAACAAUACAUCUUUUAAAGUGCCAAGUGCCGUCCAAAAAGACGCUGAACCGGGCGAACCUGUUAGUAUAGAGAAAAAGGAAAAAGUUCCUGAACUUAAGUACAAAGAACCGUGGUGGAGUACAACACCUCCAGCAGAAAAUCAUUUUAGUUUGGAAGUCCUAAAAAAUGGUUGUAUUAUUUCAACUUUGAACUUAAAUGACAAAGCUUACCAUGUUUUUGGUAGGCUCCCAUUAUGUGAUGUUGUCUUAGAACAUCCGUCUAUAUCACGGUAUCACGCGCUGGUUCAAUACCGAGGGGAAACGGAUGGGGAUCAGACGUUAAGUGGGUUUUAUCUUUACGAUCUUGGCAGCACACAUGGGACUAUUGUUAAUAAGAGUAAAAUAAGAGCAAAGACAUAUUAUAAACUUAAAGUGGGUUACGUUAUAAAGUUUGGUGGAAGCUCCCGAUUGUUUAUCCUGCAGGUUUGUAUUAGUUCUUGAAAACAGCUCAUUAACCCUUUAGAGACCCAGUGCUCGCUCCUUGACAAGUAAAAUUGUCUGGGGCCAGUUGUAUAAAACUCUUAAUGGGUCAUUCCAGAAAACAUCCAUACCACCCCCACAGAGGAAAUACAAAGUUAACCCCCCUACACCCUUCGGAUGUUCUAAUACAUUUACUAUUAUCAGAAACAAUUUUUUCUCCCCUCCCCCUCCGGACGGCAGAAAUUUCCUCCGUGAGGGGAGUAUGGAUCUUUUCUGGAACGACCCAAUCACAUUUUUAAUCACUAUUUUGUAGUUAAAUAGUGAUUAACUCUCAAAUAGGCGCUUCUUAUUGGAUGACGUUUCCACUGUUAUAUAGUUGACUUUAAAUUAAUCACUUUUUUAUACAACCGGCCCCUGAUGUUAGACAAUAGACAGAAUAAAAUACCAAACUUGGCAGUAGCUCAGAAAAACUCAGACCCAAUUGGUACUAGGCUGGGACAGAUCAUCUGUAUAAACAAAUUUGGGAAAAGAAACGAUUGUUUCACAUUUGUAUAUAUAUAAACUCAGCAAACAGAUUGAUCAUCCAUCUGGGUAAGCGUGUGUGCCUAGUUUUGCUUAAUUAAUUGACGAAUGAUUCCACUAUAGUAUCAGUCAAGGCUGGAUUUUGGUGGAAAAAGUGGGGUAGAUGGAAAAAGUUUAUGGGAGGUGCAGCGGUCUAGCUCACAGCCCCCAUGGAAUGUUAGGGCUCACAACAGACCAAAGGCAGCAGUGUGACAUACUGCAUGUAGUGUAGAAGUGUGCAAAUCCGAUCCGAAACCGAUCCGAUCCAAUUCUUUCAGAUUUCGGAACCAAAAUAUUCAUUUCGGAUUGAUAAAGUUGUUUCGUAGUCAGAUCGGAUCGGACUUCGAUAUCCGAAAUAAAGUGAAUUAAUUAUCCACGCAUUAUCGCAAGAAUUAAUUAUCCAUGCAUUUAUCAAAGCAUUAUUGCGGUGUCGCUGCAUUAUAUGUUUGAUACUUCAAUUGGACGUCACUUUGUCAGCUUCUUGACAUGUAUUCCUUGCUUUUAUAUUUAUUUGGUUAAAUAUUUCAACUUGAAUGAGAAAUUUAUUUUAUUAAAGAAUUCUUCGGAUCGGAUUGGAUUGGAAUUCUUUAUCGAAACUCGGAUCGGAUUCGGAUUAGACAAUUUCGGAUCGGAUUUUAAACAUUAGGCAAUUGUCGGAUUAUAAAUGUCCGAUCCGAUGCACACCUCUAAUGUAGUGUACAUAUAUGUACUGUAUCAGCAGGGCUCGAAACUUGCGGUAUCCCGAUAUCCACAGGAUAUCAGAUUUUAAUUUUGGAUACUGGGUAUCAUAAGCUCAGUAUCCCAACUGAAUACUAGGAAAACUUAGAAAUUGCGAUAGUAGAUAAUCAUCUAGACGUUGGGCAUGUUUCCAAACUUCAAUGUCUACGGAUUUUGGCAGAAUAUUUAAAAAAAAAUUUCACAAACAGUGCUUUCUUUCGUAUCGCCGCAGUGUGUUAUUUUCACCUUCUUUGCCUUGCUUAGAUACUGGAAAUAGAAUAUCUAGUAUCCAAAUCUGGGUUACUAUAUUUCAAGGAUGGAUACUAGAUUCUAUGAUGCUGGUAUCCACUUGGAUACUGACAAAAAUUUCAAGUUUUGAGCCCUGGUAUCAGUGUAUUAAUGAAUUAUGACUGUAUAACUCAUCCAAUUUGGCAAAUUGGUAGUACUAUAUAUCUAGUAUAGUUUGCCUUGGAACCAUCAGGUAGAUCACAUGUCUUGAUAGAUGAUUGAUCCAUAGCUAUUAAAAUCAUUUGGUAUUAAAUGUAGUAAAAUGCAAAGUGCUCCCAUGCCUUGCUUUUUGGUUUGGAAUGUGUUUAAUAGUUAAGUUGGAGUAAGUCAAGUUUAUUAGAAAAUAAUACAGUAUCAUCUGAAGGGCCCACAAGAAGAUGAGGAAGAAGAGCCUGAGGCACGUCCAUCAGAAACCCCAACAACAGAAAAUGAAACAAAAGCCAAAGUUGGACAAAUAUUCACAGAUGAAGAAUAUGACAGUUUGAAAAAAGUUGAAAAUAAAAGUGAAGAAAGUGAAGGCAUUGACUGGGGAUUUGGUAAGAUUUUCAUAUUAUUUAACAAUUAUUUGCCGAAGGCGAGGUGAUUAUCAGGGAAUAUUCGCCGAGACAAAGUCGAGGUGAAUAUUCCCCGAUAAUCACCGAGCCUGGGGCGAAUAAUUGUUUUAGUAUUUUUACACAAAUGUCAAGUAUUUUGUGUUUUUUGGGACUGAAUUUAUUUUGAUUUUGCUUAUUUCUUUAUCAGUGAGUAACUUCCACAAAAUGGCUGGCCACCAUUUUGAAAAUUUCGGUUUUGUUAUAUUCACCUGUAGGUGAAUAUAACGACUUAAUACGUCAAAUUUGACCAAUCAACUUGUAGGAUUUGUUAUAUUUACUUGUGCAAAAAUACUAAUAUAUAUGACUAGAACUUGGUUGCCUAAUCGUUUCACUGAAUAACAAAAAAUGUGUUCAAUUUUCAAUACUAUGAGAAAUAAAAUGAACAUGGUUUCCAAAUUGUUGUGGCUUCCCUUUUUCUCUUCCCUCCCUUUCUUUCCACCCAUCUUUCCCUUCAGCUUGUCGGCCUUGUCCCCUCUUUCCACCUCCCUUUUGCCUCUACCCUUUCCACUUCACCAUCAAUACCAAUUUCCCCCCUCUCUUUUACCCCACCCACUUUCCUUCCCUUUUCCCUCUUCUUACCAUCCAGUUUGUCUUUCCCCUCCAUCCCCCUCGUUGUACCCCUUAUACUCUCCCCCAACUUCCCUCCUCAUCCAUGCCCCUGAAACUGUACCACAUUUUGUCCUUACCACUACUUUUUCCCUUCUUGCUCUCCCUGUUACUCCCUUUCCUCCCCCCCCCCUGUUUCACAUCUUCCCUGUUCUGAGCAUCUAAAGUUUCCCCCUCAACCUUUUUCCUAUGUGUUAAAAAUGUUUUUAUUUACUUGCAGGUGAAGAUGCCGAAGAGGAACAGAUUGACUCAGAGAAAUUUCAAGAAUUGUAUUCUGGUGUAGAAUUUAAAGAUCCCAAAAAGACCUUGAGAGGAUAUUAUGAGAGAGAAGGUAUUGGAACCUUGAUUUGUUGCUAUGAUCUCCUGUUCAGCCCCACAUUAGGAGAUUGUGAAUGGCUAGGAUAUGGAGAAGAACACAUAUCCUGCGAAGUUCUUCAAAACACACUUUCAGAAUGCAAGGAAGUGCCCUAAAUAUCUAGAUCUAUAUAUCUCUCCAAAUCCAAUUUUCUUUGUUAUUCUUCCUUCAUUAUGAUCCUUGAGGAUUUCUUCGAGAUGAUAUCCCACAUUUAUUAGCAGAACAAGCAGAUUCCCAACAUGAUGAUUUUCACCAAAAGUGUGCAUCUGUCAAUUAAGUUUUAUGCCAUUGUUUUGGCAGAGUAUAUUUACCCUGGUUGUUGAAUUCAUUUUUUUUAUUGAAGGUCUUGACCUGGAAUAUCAAGUUGAUGAAACAGGACCUGGUCAUGCACGAGUUUAUCAUUGUAGAGUAAGGUACUGUACAGUUGAACUCUAUUAUAUAAUUAAACAAAAUGACAAUUGCACCAAAACUUUUCAUGAUACUGUAGUUCUCAGCCCAACCAUUCUCGCCUGAGCCUUAUCAUAAAAUAAAAUUCUUAAAAUACUUAUGGCAAUUUUAAAUAUGUCCCAUUGACUCUUACAAUCUUCCUACAUGUACUUACAAUUGUGCUUUGAUAGUUCUCAGUCCUGGUUUUCAAUAUCAGGAACAUCCAUUUCAAGUGUAAUAUUUUAAUGGCACAAAUUUGCACUACAUGUAAUUGUUAGGAAAGCAUAUGUCACCCAGAAUAUAAUUGUUAGGAAAGCAUAUGUCACCCAGAAUAUUUUUGGUUUAGAUGUACUUAUCAGAAAAAGAUGUGGUGAUCCAUAUGACUAUGGGCAUAAUUAACCCAUUAAGCGCCAGCACUCUCCCCUUGACGAGUAAAAUUGUCUGGCAUUAGACAGAGUAAAAUACUAAAGUAGGGUGCAUCAGGGUGCAAUGCAACUCAAUGGCUUAACUAGACACAUGGGCCAAUAGGCCAGUUAACCCAUUAAGUGCCAGCACUCUCCCCUUGACGAGUAAAAUCGUCUGGCGUUAGACGGAGUAAAAUACUAAAGUAGGGUGCAUCAGGGUGCAAUGCAACUCAGUGGGUUAAUGAAAGUAUCUGGCAACUGAAGAUAAAAACGAUUGUGUACUGUAGACCUUGUAAUAAACCUUAGAAGUCCUUACGUCACACAAUUGUUAAUACAGAGGACUUCUGGAAUGCACAGUGCAUUGUGGGAUGCUUUUGUGUCAAUAAAUUCAUUGUUUGAAAAUUAUGUGACCUGAGCACUUUUAAGGUCCAUUACAACAGAAAGUUUGCACAAGUACUAACAGUUUCAACAUUUUAUCGACAUGAUCAUAUAGAUUACCAGUUGAUGGUCCAAAUGGUUCUGCAGUCUAUGCCGAAGCCUCGGUCACAGGACGUAAGAAAGAUGCAGUACAAGAAUGUGCUAAUGAAGCAUGCAAGAUGUUGGAUGCUUAUGGACUGUUGAGACAAUCAUCACACGGUAAGCCCAAGGCAUGUAUUAUUUUCGAGAAAGAUCUCCAUUUUCCCCUUCCCUGCCCAGAAAUAUGACACAUUGACCUUGACAAUUUUGCUAACUUAAAAUGACCUUUCACUUUAUUCCCGAAUUUUAUCAAAUUUCACCCUCCUCAAUUUUACUUGUCAAUUUUAUUCUGAUUUUACCACACCCAAUUUUAGUUCACAAUCCCCCCCCCCCUACCAAUAUACAAUGUUAAACCCAUCCCCUAAUAGUAUACCCAUCAAACCACAUAAUAAGCUGACUUAUCUAGUUACCAUACUUACAUGAUUAAUAUUUCAGAAAGUCGCAAGAAAAGAGAACGAAACUUGGAAGAAGAUGAUUUUUACGAAAGUGAUGAAGACAACUUUCUUGACAGAACUGGAACAAGUAAGAUUUUAGACGAUAUAUUUUGUUCUAUUUAAUGUUGAUGGUGGUAAAUAUACAGUAAAAUUUCCUUGUUUAGUCGAGAAAAAAAGAAUAAAAAGAAUGCGCAAAGCAGGAAAAGAGAAAUUGGAAGUGGAGACAUACGACUCCUUGGUAGGUUACAGUAUGUGUGGACAGUGUGGGUAUAAUCAAACUUCGCUAAAAGUGAUAGGCAAGAAAACAUACGUCGACGUGUGAAUUUCCUUGACUGUGCAAUAUUUUCUUCAAUUUGCAGCUGAGUAAACUUCAAAAAGUCCAAGACGAAAUUCAAGUUUUGGUAAAAAGAAUACAAGAUGCAGAAGGUGAGAUAAUACUAUUUCACUUAAAGCUUAACUCUGGAUGGCAAUAUUAGUUCUAAAUUGUUCUCUCUAGACGUCCAGUAUACUACAUCAAUUAUUGGUCUAUUGUCGAUUUCAGGUAACUUUUCAACACGCUGUUCCCAAGUUCGUUGCGAACUUGCCAAUUACGUUAUCAAGUUCGGAAGUUGGGCGUGAACUUCGCAACAAAGUCCGCAAGUUCAUUUCAAAGUUCGAACUUCGAUUGUAAUCAAAUGUACAAAUUUCAUUUAUAAAUUUAUUUAAAAAGGCAUUUUCGUCUUGGGAAAACCACUGGCCCAAUAUUUUACUGCAGUAAUAUGUGCACAGGGCCUUAAACAGUAAUUUCAACUUCAACUAUGGACAUUUGUUUACAAUCAAAGUUCGAACUUUGAAAUGAACUUGCGGACUUUGUUGCGACGUUCACGCCCAACUUCCGAACUUGAUAACGCAAUGGGUAAGUUCGCAACGAACUUGGGGACAGCGUGUUGAAAAGCUACCUGAAAUCGACAAUAAGUGUUUCCACUGCAGGAGGAAUCUGGGAUACAUGGAGAACCUGCAUUAUUUGACAAAGUUGAACUAAAGCAUUCUUCCCACAUGCAACUGAGGCGAAAUUAUUAUCACACGAUAUUGCAGAUUUGCAUUCUGGUCUUAGAGAGGAGUUGAGGCACAUACAGUACACUAAUUAACCACUGUGCCACUAUUUUGAAUUGCAACUGAGUCACUGACUCGUAUUUACUGAAUGUGGUCUAUUUUUAUUUCACAGCUUUAGAAAACGCAGACAACGGUGAUAGUUUAGAUGAUUACAUGAACACAAUGUCUCAAAGAAUGGACAAACAGACAAAAAUCAAGUUAAAAAGAAAGAUUGUCGAAUUAAGAAAGGUAAGUAUUUUUAGAUAGAGUCAACUGCAUAUUAUGGGAAAUUAAUUACCAUUAUUACCCCGUGCACAGAAGUGAAAUGCGCAUGAACUAACCACUCUCGAUUGUAAAAACAGGUAAUUUUUAGUGUUGAAUGAACAAGCAAGUCGUUUUUCAUUCCUUUAGGACGAAGAAAGAAUAAAGAAACUUGUUGAUCUGACCAAACCAACAGAUCUGUCUUCAUUGCAACGGUAUCGUAUCAGCUCAAAACUAAUUUAUGAACUGAGUCAGAUACAGAUAGAAAAUAAUUUUUGUAAAGGAUAAUUUCACUAAGCACUAUUGUGCUAAAGAAAAUGGUCAACGACAAAUUAUUUUCAAGCUAUGGAGAAAUCUUGUAUUCGCAUGCUGGCUAAUAAACAAAAUAAAGGAAAUGUUCUUGCUCCUCUAAGUAUCAACAUUUCACAAAUUGGGGGAGAGUGAGCACCCCCCUAGCCCUGGCCAGGGGGUGCUAUUUUUCAUGAUAAAGCAAAAAAAUAUUAGAGACAAAAUGAGAUACAGUAAGUUGAGUAAUAACAUGAUGAUAAGCGAACUGUGAACAACAAUUACAAUUCAAUUGCCACUUAAAUUAUGGAAUUUUUUAUUUCAGUUCUGCAGCAAAAACCAUACUACCAGAUGUAACACGUGACAACCGUGGCGGGAAAACACAAGGUAGCGAAGUAAAAGGUUAGGUUAAGAUUUCGAAGUAAAAAAUAUCUGCAAGUUAUUCCAAACUAAAGUAGUGACAAGAGGUGGGAAAACAGUCGACGAUGUGUUUUUGUCCAAAUUUUAUGCAUUGAGAAACAUCUUUCUUAUGAUGAAGAUCCGGGCUUACGGAUCGAAAGCUUUGCAGUAAUAAAUUUACGUGGUGUUUCCACAAACAAAAAGUAUUAUAUGUUUUAUCGUUAUGCAAACCUACAAAGAACGUAUCUUUUUAUGAGUUGAAGUUCAUUUUUGAAAAACCAGUUGACAACCAGACAGAUUACUGCAUGUGGUUCCCUCCAUGCAUUUGAAAAAAUUUUAUACACUAUGUAAAACGUGUUUUUAUGAUCAGUUGAAAGUCAUUGUUUUGAUUUGAUUUGAUUUGAAAGAAAGUUGAAAGUCGUUGUUUUACAGAAUAUUUUUAACAGCUUGAAGGAAAUUUGAAUUUUUGAAAAAUUAGUCAAAAAAGUAUCUAAAAUAAUUUUUAUGAGUUGAAAUUAAUUGUUUUGAUAAAAUUUAAUAAAUUAACUGUGGUCCCCUUUUUUGACCACAGGUCCCCCUUUUUGACCACAGGUCCCCCUUUAUGAGUUGAGAGAGUCGUUGUUUCAAUGAAAGAAAACUUUUUUACCACUUUUGGAACUUAUGGAAUGGUUUGAAGGGAAAUUUGAAUUUUUGAGAAAUAUAUCGAAAACCGGAGGGUAUUUGACCAAAAUGAUAUGCAUUUGACCAAAAUUGUCAAAUUGUGUAAAACAUGUUUUUAUGAGUUGAAAGUCAUUGUUUUGAUGAAAGAAAACGUUUUGGACCACUUCCUGAUCGUUUAAGAUAGUUUGAUGCAAAAUUUUAAUUUUUGGAAAAAUGUUUGAAGCAUGAGAUUAUCGCGACUAUGCCUACUUUUGUUAUCAGAUUCUCCAAUGACAGAAAUCGAUAAGAGCAAAGAAAACUGUAUAGAAUCUGAUAUCACAAGCGGACAAGAUGAGGCAACCACUGACAAUGACAACCAAACAUCCACAAGAAACAUCCCCUUGGAGGAGAAAACAAACCCAAAAUCAGAAACAUUUAGCGGCUUUGCUAUGCCGACUUCCACUGUAAAACCCGUUAAACCAGCGAAGAUUUCAAAACUGACACAUAGUAGAGACGAAGCAAGAACUCAGGCGAAAGAUAAGAAGGAUGUUCGGCAGCCAUUAAAAACGACAACUGAAGAAUUGGGAAGUGAAGAGACAUUAAAACAUGCUAGUAACAAGGAGGUAAAAGAAAAGAGUAUUCCUAAAGAUGAGUCAAAGGUGAAUAUUUAACAAAUAUAAAACAUUUUCCGUGUUGAUAUACAGUUAUAUCAACACGAGUGGAAUUGGAAAAACGAGAAAUUGUAUGGAAACACGACGCCCGAGGGGCGGAGUGUUUUCAUACAAUUUCGAGUUUUCCCAACUUCCACGAGUGUUGAUAUAACUAUAUAUCAAUACGGAAAAAAUGUUUUAUAUUCUUUUUAUAAUAUAGCAAUGUCAAAAGCCCGAAGGAUAAGAAACAUUUCCGUGUUUACAAGCGGCGGAAAAUUUCUGGUGUUGACAUUGAGUUAUAUCAACACGGCUCUUAGCCAAUCAGCGUUCAGAAUUUACAAAUGCUAUAUUAUAAAUAUAUUUAGGAGUUAAAUAUAUAUGAUGAUAAUUUGAUUAAUUUUGUCGUUAUCGGAUUUACUAAUUACCAGGGUAAUUUGGGGAGGGGGGGGGGGGGGGAGAACACCGACGGAACACAGGAGAGAGCCAACCAGAACUCUACUCUUUGCGGUGGUAGUGGAAAGGUGCAAAGACCAGUGCCCAUCCAACUCCCCUGAAGAAAGUUAAUCAAUGAAAUACCUCUCACUGAAAUUCUGAUAACUGUUGUUUUUUUUGAAUAACAUAUUUUCUAGACUGUUAAGAAAGCAAAACGUUACACUGCGCCUACUCAAUGGGAGGACGCCAAUAACCCAGACUUUGCCAGUUGGAUACCACCCGAAGGUUGGUAAAACCAUCUUAGAACUGAUAGGUAUGUCAUGUUGAAAUAUAAAUAAGGUUCGCGUAGUUUAAUUAAAUGUCACUUGCAUUUUUUUUAGAUCAAAGUGGUGACGGGAAAACGAAAUUGAAUGAGAAAUAUGGUUAUUGAAUGUGUUCAUAUGACAGCCUCGUACCCAGGCGCUUUGUUGUGCUACACCAUCGCGCAACACGCACGCGGGACGACGCGCGUGGGAAGAAAUGGACUGAACUGUUAACACAUAGCGCCUGGGUACGAGGCUGUUCAUAUGAUCAAAUCAAUGCUUGUGUAUAAGUAAACAAACAGAUAAAGCAAAGAUUCUUGAAACAUUGAAAUUCGACCCUCAUUUUUGGUUCUGUAUGUAUUGAUGGCCAAGAAUGAUCAAGAUAAAUUUGAAAACAUCAAAGUGUUGUUAAGACAACUUCAUCAAAACGCACAUUUGAGGAACUGUUCCACCACAGCCAGUAAAGAUAUGCAUUAGUGCAUGACAUGCACUCCGCUAAAGUCUUUGCAACCUCGUUCCCAGGCUCUUGUGGAGGAAAGACCCUGGUAGGAACUGGUCACGUGAUCUGGUAAAAUUGAGCAGAUUUUUAAUUAACUAUCUUGGAUUCCCGUAAAAUCAAAUCAGACUUGCAAAACAAAAAUGCAAGUUGUAAAUUAAGGUAUAAAUAUCAAAUACUUAUCAACAUCAUCAUCAAUUAAAAAUCUGCUAGAUUUUAGCAGAUAUGUAACGUGACCAGCUCCUGCCAGGGUCAUUCACUCUUUCCUCCACAAGAGGUAAGAGCCUGAGAACUAAAAUUCAUGAGGAAAACAGAAAGAAAAAUCAUAAGCGUGUCGUGUCUUUAUAUGUGAUAGAGAUUUCCCUUGAUUUACAUAAACUUUAACUUUGAUUUUCUCGACUUACACAACAUAUUUUUUUGAAAAUUUCUUCGCCAAUGAACUUACUAGAUCGAGCGUUUUUGAAGCAAUUUAAAACAUUCGCAGUGCGUGUUUUAUAGUGAGUGUCUGAUAAAACACUGCUGCUCAUAUAAAUAGUACAUAUAGACCCAUUGCACAUGACGUCACCGCGCCGGUGAUGAUGACAAAUUAGCAAUCUAUGUAUAUAACUUUUGUAAACUAGGCAAAUUUUGUAAAACUUAUAAUAAUUUUGUAUUACAGUCGAUUUCACGAAACUUUGACCACAAAUUUUCCGAACUUCGUUGCGAAGUUCACAAGAUUGUUGCGAAGUUCAAAAGUUCAUAAUGAGAUUCACAAACCAGUUCGUAAACUACGCAUUUGAUUGGCUUCUUUUACUUCACGGACCAAUCAGGGACUUUGUUUACAAAUUGGCUUGUGAAUUCCAAUAUUAGCUUCCAAACUUCGCAACGAACUUGCGAACUUCGCAACGAAGUUCGGAACAUUUGUGGUCAAAGUUUCGUGAAAUCUACUGUAACAUGGUUAAUUUUUGCGCUGUGUACCCGAACAGAUAUUGUUAGGGAGCUUCUGGAGGGCACUCUAAGGAUUUGUGACGUCAGUGCAUGCAAUGGUUCUAUAUAUAGAAGCUUUGAAGUUUGCCGAGUUUCACUAUAUCUCGAUUGACUAUGUUAAUUUCAAUCAAAAAAUGGGAGAGUGGCAUGUUUUAAUACGAACUACAAUUAAUUUAUUACGAAAAAAUGGCCAAGACCUUACAAAGGGUUGGCCCUUACUUUUCGUAGACAAAAACCUAAUGGUUGGACUUUAGUUUUCCCUGCAUUUUUUGUCCACUUUUCUAAAAGCAAAAAACGUUGCUAAAAAUAGCCACGAAAAGUUUUAUAGGGUUAGGUUAGCCUUAAAUUUUGGGCUGUAUUUCACUACUUUCAGUUCGAGCAUAAAUACAGUAUCGAUCCUAAAAAUUGCCAAAAAAGAACGGCUGAAGCCUAAAUUCACCUUUGCCUUCGAAUUUUUGGCACAGGCGUCGGAGCGGCUUUUAAAGUGGGGCAGACAAGGUAAAGGUAACAAAAUAGAAGGUAACAAAAUGUUAUAAGAUCUCUCAAAUUGUUUUGUCUACACGCGUACUGAAAUAAUAUCAAUUAACUUUCUGGUUUAUCAUUGACCAUUGUUAAAAAUUUGAUUUUUGAAAAGGUGGUCAAAAAGUGGCGAAUAGCUAAC